GUCACGCGCUAAAUCUUAAGCAUUCGAAGAAUUAAUUAACAGAAUCGAUCAUGGAGAAUCUGCAGCAGGCCGCCACCAUCUUCCUCUUCCUAAGCCUGAUUAGUUUCUUAGCAAAUCUCUCGACAGCGGCGGCCGCGACUUCGCGGGCGGUCUUUGUCUUCGGCGACUCCACCGUCGACGUCGGAAACAACAACUUCUUGCCCAAUGAUGCACCCAAAGCCAACUUCCACCCUUACGGUGUCGAUUUCCCUGGCCGGAUUCCCACCGGCCGGUUCGGAAACGGCUUCCUCGGCGUUGACUUCGUCGCCCAUGCGGCGGGGAUACACAGGAGCCCGCCACCUUUUCUCUCUCUACGGAACGCCGUCCAUGGGAGGCGAGGAGUAAACUUCGCCUCCGCCGGCUCCGGAGUUCUCGACACCACGGGGACGGACGUGGUGACGAUGACCCAGCAAAUCAAAGACUUCUCCACGUUCGCCGGGAAUCUCAGGGCUUCUAAAGGAGACCGCUCCGCCGCCUUCUUCUUGAGCAAGUCACUCUUCUACGUCAGCGUCGGGAGCAACGACCUCUUCGCCUUUUCCACCGUCCUCAUCCCCGGGAACGGCACCCAAAAGGACGAAAUCGUCGCCGCCGUUCUCAGCCAGUUCGCGGGCCAACUGCGGAGCAUUUAUCAGCUCGGAGCGCGAAAGUUCGCGGUGCCCGGGACCGGGCAGCUCGGCUGCAUUCCGGGCGUCAGGAGCAGAGUUCCGGGCGGCGCGUGCAACCCGGAGCUGAACGAUCUGUCCCUGAGGUACAAGACCGCCACGAGGGCCCUCCUGGACCAGCUCGCCGUGGAGCUGAAGGGCUUCAGAUUUUCAUUUUCCGAUUUCUUCGAAAUCGGUAGCCAGAUCCAGUCGGAUCCCCAGAAAUACGGUUUUACGGAGCUGGCAGCUCCGUGCUGUGGGUUGAACGCGCAGGGGCGGUGCGAUCCCAACUCCACCUACUGCAGCGACCGGAAUCAGUAUUUCUUCUGGGACGCAGUCCACCCGUCGCAGGCGGUUUACCGGCUGGGAGCUCGGCUGUCGUUCUACGGGCCACGCCAGUUUGCUUACCCUGUCAACAUCCACAGUUUGCUGGAGAAUUAAUUAGAAAUUUAAUUUAUAUCGUCUAUCAAUUAUCUUAAUUAAUAGUGUCUGAAAGAAUUUAUUUUGAAUCACUGUGUGUGAUCAUUCAUAAGGAUCGUUCCAUUUUUUUUUUUCUUGAAAGGGAGUGUAGAAUAAUGCUGUUGAACAGCUAUGAGUAGCAGUAUUAAUAAUUAUAUUUUGAUGGACGGCUGAUUAAAUUAGAGCAACUUGA